CAGUAGAGAAGCCAGUUGCAAACAUUUUGUUUUCACUUAGUAGUCUAUCUUAGUCUUGAAACAAUUUGUUUUGGGAUGCAGGAUUUUGUAACGACUUUUUUACAGUAGCUAUAUUAAUGUCCGUUGGAAGGGACAUUAGGUCGUAAAGGGUUAAUCCAUCCUAUUUCUGAUUUUGACUUAGAUUAAAUAUGAAAUUAAUUUUUAGAAACAUACGGGUAUUUUGGCUAUCCUAGAUGAGGAAAGUCGCUUUCCAAAGUCAAACGAUCAGACACUUGCAACAAAAUUACAUCAUGGUCCAGGUGUUCAAUUUGCUGAUGUCUAUAUAAUACCGAAGGACGGUGGUACUUCGUUUACAAUUCGUCACUAUGCAGCUCCUGUUGUCUAUAAUAUUGUUGGUUUAUUAGAGAAGAAUCGUGAUACACUACCAAAUUCGAUUGUAUUUGCUGCCAGAAAUAGUAAUAAUUCAGUUGUUCAAGAAUUAUUUCGUUAUAAUUAG